AUGAGCAAAUUUGUUUAUGAUAAAACUGACACGAAUGUAUCGAAAGAAAAGAAACAAAAACAUGACACAAUAAAAGAUGGAGAUUAUUGUAAAGAAGAAGAAAAGGUAUCCCCCAAGGGUAACGAUUUUUAUAACGUAAUUUUCUUAUUACUGUUAUAUACAAUACAAGGCGUUCCUAUCGGGGUCUCUUCUGUGGUACCCUUAGUUAUUCAAGACAAAGUAAGCUACUCCCAGUUAAGCAUUUUGUCUUUAGUUAGUAUACCUUUUAGCUUAAAAUUAUUAUGGGCACCAAUUGUCGAUUCUGUAUAUCAUAAGAAAAUUGGGAGGAGGAAAAGUUGGAUAAUUCCACUUCAGCUAAUAUGUAGUUUGUCAAUGAUAUGUUAUAGUAACAAUGUGAGCGUGUGGUUAGGGGAAAAGAAUAACAGCACAAAUCUAUACUUCUUAACGGGCUUCUUUUUUGUGCUUUUUUUUUUGAUGGCUACCCAAGAUAUUGCAGUCGACGGAUGGGCACUAACCAUGUUAUCAGAAGAAAACAAGGGGCUAGCCUCCACCUGCAACAUCCUAGGACAGAACAUCGGGUACUGCGUCUCACAGUUAUCAUUUUUAACACUAAACAACAAGAACAUAUGCUUCUACAUUUUUAAGAAAUAUAUAAAAUACAUGCAUAGUAUGUUUAAGGAAUCCAGUCACUACAGAAAUUUGCAUGAAAACAUGGACAUAAUAUACCCAUCAUUUCAACCAUUUGUUGAUAUGAAUAUUUUUUUGAAAUUUUGGGGAACAUUUAUUUUGGCUCUAACAAUAUUAACAUGCUUUAAAAAAGAAAUAAUGAAUGAUAAUGGAAAAGAAAAAACAGUCGUGGUACCAAAUGUUGGUAGCAAAAAGGAAGAAAGAGGAUACCAAAACGAGUUUGCCAAUUCAAAGGACACAUAUAAAAAUUUGUACGAAUUACUAUUUUUACCUCCCAUGAAAAUAUUCAUUUUUAUAUUUUUAUUAAAUCGUUUUCCAUUUGCAUCCGUGGAGGUUGGAACGAAUUUCAAAAUGCUGAAAAAAGGAAUAACAAAAGAAGAGUUUGCAAUUUUUAACCCAUUCUUUAUUCCCAUAUCAAUUAUAUCAUCAGCAAUUAUAGGGAAAAUUGCACAAAAUAUAAACCCUCUAAAUAUUUAUUAUUAUGGAUAUGUAUUAAGAUAUUUUUCAAAUAUUAUUUUGUCUACUCUUUUACCUUUAACUGAGUAUAUAUACUCGAACAAGUCAGAACUUCCUCAGAUCUAUUUUUACUCCUACUAUUUAUACAUAUUCGCUGCUCAAGUGUUUAAUCAUUUCUGCAUCGAUUUGAUGACAGUAUCAUCGAUGAGCUUCCAAAACAUAAUUUCAGAUCCCGAAAUAGGUGGGACAUACAUGACCUUUCUAAAUACCGUUAAUAACAUGGGAUCACACUGGUCAACCAUAUUUUUAUGGCUCCUGGAUUAUACCGACAGAACAGUGUGCUACAGAGGAAAAUGUGUACAUAUUGAUGGGUACUAUACGCAAAUGGUAUUUUCUUUUAUAAUUGGGAUUCUAAUUAAUAAGAGUAUUACAAGGUGCAUAACGAAACUUCAGGCCUUUCCCAUUGAAGAGUGGAGAACAAAAAACGGUAAUACUGAAAAGAAAAAAAAGAGUUGA